GAGAGAGAGUUGAUGGAGUACCAACAGAGAAAAACCAAUGUUUUCAUGUUUCCAUGGCUAGCACAUGGACACAUCUCACCCUUCCUGGAGCUGGCCAAGACACUUUCCAAGAGAAACUUCAACAUAUACCUGUGUUCGACCCGGGUGAACCUCUCUUGCAUCGAGAAGAAGCUAGCCGAAAAAUACUCACAUUCCAUUACCCUAGUCGAAAUCAAAGUGCCAACUUUGCCAGGCCUUCCCCAAAACUACCACACCACCAAAAACCUCCCUUCCCACCUCAUGCCCACCCUCAAAACCGCCUUCGACCGAUCGGCCAACAACCUCUCCAAACUGCUGAAAACCUUCAAGCCGGACUUGCUUAUAUACGACACCAUCCAACCGUGGGCUCCCGUUAUCGCUUCCAAGCACAACAUCCCCGCGGUGGCUUUCGUGGCCACCAGUGCCACGAUGACUUCCUUCAUGCUUCAUCGUUACAAAUAUCCAGGUACCGAAUUCCCUUUCGAGGACAUAUAUCUUAAUGAUCAUGAGGAUGGUAAUCUAGUUCAUUUGAUACAAUCUUCGGAGAAUCACUAUAAAGGGAAAAACAGGUUUUUUGAGUGCCUUAAGAGAUCAUCCGGGAUGAUCUUGAUUAAGAGCUUAAACGAGAUCGAAGGAAAGUAUAUAGAUCAUUUGUCUCUUUUGGCUAAAAAGAAGAUUGUACCGGUCGGUCCAUUAGUUGAAACCACUACUACUACUAUUCUUGAAGAUGAGCACUCGCACAUCAUCGAGUGGCUUGACAAGAAGUGUUUUGGCUCGACUGUGUUUGUUUCUUUCGGGAGCGAAUAUUUCCUUUCCAAGGAGGAGAUGGAAGAAAUGGCUCAUGGGUUAGAGCUUAGCGGGGUUAAUUUCAUAUGGGUUGUCAGGUUUCCAGUGGGAGAAAAAACUAGAGUUGAGGAGGCUAUGCCAAAAGGGUUUCUAAAGAGGGUAGGGGAGAAAGGAUUGAUAAUCCAAGGAUGGGCUCCCCAGGUACAAAUCUUAGAACAUCCCAGUAUCGGAGGGUUCGUGAGUCACUGCGGGUGGAGCUCUGUCAUGGAGGGGAUCAAGUACUGCAUUCCCAUAAUCGCGGUUCCAAUGCACCUAGAUCAGCCGGUGAAUGCCCGGCUUCUAACAGAGAUUGGUGUCGGCGUGGAGGUGAAGAGAGAUGGGAGUGGGAAGCUGGUGAGAGAGGAAGUGGCCAGGGUGGUCAAAGAGGUGGUAGUGGACAAAGGUGGCGAUUUUGUGAGGAAGAGAGAGAGACAGCUGAGUGAGAAGGCAAGGAUGAGAGAGGAGGAGAGGAUGGAUGGGGUGGUGGAGGAGUUGCUGCAACUCUGCAGGAAGAGGAAGAAUAUUAUCAGGCCUCAGAUCAAUGGUCUGCUCAUUCACGAAGUGGUUGAGAUGACUCCAAAUGCUGUUCUAUCCAAUGUAUCCAUGACCAAGUCCAAAUAGAAGAAAGCAUGUUACCAUGCACUUCUAACCUUAACUUGGGUGGUUUUUUU